AUGUUUGCAAACGCGCGAGCGAAAAGACGUCCCAGAGCCACUUCUCCUACGCCUGCAAGGCUAACUAGCUAUGCUCCGGCUCGAGUAGAGAUCACAGAGGAACAGCGACAAGAUAUCCAUGAGGCUUUUAAACUAUUUGACUCUGACAAAGACAAUGCAAUUGAUUAUCAUGAAUUGCGGGCUGCUAUGCGUGCCUUAGGGUUUAAUGCAGAAAAGUCAGAAGUUCUGAAAAUUCUACGCGACUUUGACAAAACUGGAAAGGGAUACCUUCAAAUGGAGGAUUUUGUUCGCGUCAUGACCGAAAAAAUUGUUGAAAGAGAUCCUCUGGAAGAGAUUAAACGAGCUUUUGAGCUGUUUGAUGAUGAUGAAACUGGUAAAAUAAGCAUACGGAAUCUUCGUCGCGUAGCUAAAGAGUUGAAUGAAAACAUUGAUGAUCAAGAAUUGGAAGCUAUGAUUGAAGAGUUUGAUCUUGAUCAAGAUGGUGAAAUCAAUGAGCAGGAAUUUAUAAGCAUAAUGAUGGAUGAGGCUUGA